AUGCCUAUUUCAUGUUUCCUACCUACCCUCUCUACUUCGAUACCAUCUCUACGCCUCACACGACCAACCGCUACAUCUGUCAUGUCACAUCAUAGCCGGAGUCUCGACUCCAUACCCUAUGAUGUGCUCUACCAGAUCGUCUCCAGUCUUGACUGUGAGGAUUUUAUCAAUCUCAGCAGAGUCAACAGGGCUCUCAAUGCCAUGAUGCGUGAUGAAUCAAUGGCAAAAAAGGCAAUAGAAGCUCAUGAACUACAUACAAAGGAAGGGCGCGAAGCGUUCAGAUCCAAAUCUGGGUAUCGAAGGGCAAUUGGACGUCUGUUUGAUAUCAAAGAAGCUUUUGCUACGGCCCAGCCGUACCUGGUCUCCAUGUUGGCGUAUGGGACUGCAUUUCUGUACAACGACGGAUGUCUGUGUUAUGUCUGUAACGACGAACUGCGCAUCCUGGACGUGCAUAACGCUGCUCGCGUCGAGCGGGUAGUCGAUAUCGAUAACCUGCUCAGCCGCAUUUUUCGAGCGGCUCCGUUCAACAGGGACUCGGCACGUUUGACGCUCCUAAAUUUUAACGAGGGGAUCCUGGCCUUCCUGGUGGAGCUGGAGCAACCCUGGCUCAUCGCUGUGGACGUGCAGCGGAGGACAGCCACAGGGUCAAGAACGGGCCGCUUGCGAUUGAAGACGCGGCUCUCGUCGACCGAGAAGUUGUUUGUCCGUCACAACGGCUCGUACCUGUACUACGGCACUCACUCCGUCACCGGAUACGGAAGAUGGUCUCAGUACGCCCGGUGGGCGAUCUCCUGCGUGGAUUUGCGAACAGGGCAGCACGUCACGCAGAAGCCAAUCGUAAUGGAUCAAUUCGCAGGCGACGAUAUCGGCCAAACAGUCUCCUUUGAAAUGUACCGGGAUACCCUGUACGGAGUGUCUAACGUCCUCCAGUUCGAAGAGGAGGAGGUUGACUGGACCUCCUUCUACACCUGGUUCUGCAUCCCACCCUGCAGGGAUAACGGUGAAGUCAAACUCCAAUACGUCUGGCGUCGGCAGCAUCGCGAAGGCCCCAUCAACGAUUCGUGGAACGACUUCUCUCUCCGCAAAGACGAGGCCACGGGCCGCCCGAUCAUCCUCGAAUGCCGUCGAGAAUGGCAAGGCGGCGGCAGCGAGAACCGUCGUACCUACUACUCCCAACCCCUUCCAACCCCCGAGGAGAUGUUCGGGAACAAGGAGCACCUGGACAUCUAUCAAUACUACCAGGACUCGACAACAUCCGAACUCCCUGACGAACCGCUGAGAAGAACACUCGACUCAUCGAACAAAGCCACCUAUGCCCCGCCCCGGAAACGACUCCGCCGAUACUACCACACGGAAUACAAAGUAAAAGACAAACCCAGCCAAAACCAGAACCAGGACCGCGAGUUCAUUCUCGCCAAAACCAAAUACCGCACCUACCACUUGCCGGCACUGGCCUUCGUCGACAUCGUCAACGACCCCCGCGCAGACCCCAACAACCCACAUGCCGUGCCCAGGGACCGUCUCCGUUUCAGAACCGUAUCCCGGAAGCGUAAGAGCCCAAUCGACUAUGACGGCGAAGAAGGCGAACCGGGAACCAUCUUCAAGCCCGAAAUAACAGGCCAGAAGGGCCAACCCAUUGAACGCAGCGAGGAGCGUUUCGUCUCCCGCGGUAUCUGGAUGUGGCCCCCCGAAGACGCCCCAAGGAAGCUUGACAAACUCCUCUGCCCUGCGAAACGAGCUGGGAAUGUCCGUGCCGUCGCAGACGAGCGGUCCGUGAUCUAUUCCGUGAACCAGGAUGGCGACAUGGGAGAUCACCAAGCCAUCAUUCUGAUCAGUUUCGAUCCCGGUCUCGGUUUCAUCGGUCUCGAGCGUCUUUGUGCAAGCGGUGACGACGGUAACAGGGGAAAGCCAAGGAGGAUAACGAUAUCAUCGUCUGGGCAGGAAGGCCCUGCUGUCUAUGUCGAUAUCGAGAUGUCUCGUGUGCGUGAUUAUGGUCGCCGUCAGGGAUCCGGGCAGGUAUCGCGGACCGUUAUGCUGGGCACCGGGAAGUCGGCGAGAACGGGCCAGGGAUCUUCAUUUAUCAGGGAGGAGCCGGCGAUGUAUUUGAGUAUUGGUCGGGGGUACUGGCUGAGAUGA